AUGCUAGUAACGACGAAAUAUUGGCUAUCAUCUGCUAUGGUCAAUGGAACACGAAAUGAAAUACGUUUUAAUAUUGAUUUUAAUAAUACUUCUCAAAUUUCACAAGAUACCGAACCAAUGUGGGCUACUUUAUCAUUAAUUACAAUUAUUUUAUUUACUGUAUGUGGUAAUAGUCUUGUUUGUAUUGCUGUUAUACGUGAAAGACAUUUACAAAAUACAACAAAUUAUUUUUUAACAUCACUCGCAUUUACUGAUUGUCUUGUGGCAUGUCUUGUUAUGCCUCUAGCGGUAACGAUUGAACUUAUCGGACAUUUUCCAUUCAAUGCAUUAGCUUGUAAUGUUUGGUUAACAUUCGAUGUUUGUUGUAGUACAUCAUCGAUAUGGCAUAUGAGCGUUAUGUCACUUGAUCGUUAUCUCACAUUGAGAUAUCCACUUAAAUAUGGACGAAAUAAACGAAGAAGUCUAAUGGCAUAUAAAAUAAUAACUAUAUGGUUAAUAUCAUUUGGUAUCUGUUUACCACUAUUCAUUCUUGGUUUAGUCGAUCCAACAAAUGUAUAUAAUGAAGCAACACAUGCAUGUUUUCCAUCUCAUCGAACUUUUAAAAUUUAUGGUUCAUUUGUUGCAUUUUUUAUUCCAUUGGUUAUUAUGAUUGUUACAUAUGCUUUAACAAUGAGUGCAUUACAACAAGCACAUACAACAAAAAAAAAUCGUUAUACAAGACGACAAAAGAUGCAUGCAGUUAUUAAUUUAGCAACAAUGGCUAUGAGAUGGAAACGGGCAGUUAAUACUGAAACAACUGAUGGACAAAAAAGUAUAACUGAAUCAACACCACCAGUAAAAUCUCCUGAACAAAAAAGUCAAACUAUAACUUCACCAUCUACACCAGUCGAUUGUCCACGUAAACGUGCUACAUCAUUAUUGGAAACUAGACAAUACUCAUUAGAAAAGAAAAAUUUAACAAAACGAAAAUAUAUUUCUAAUUAUCGUCUUAGUGAAACAUUGAAACCAUUAGCACCAAUUACAUGGCAUAAACGACGAGAUAAACAACUUCAACCAUUACCUGAAAAAUCUGCUGAACGAUCAUCUCCAUUAUCAAGUCAACUUCUUGAUCCUGGUUCAUCACAUAAUGCUAAUAAUACACAAACAAAACGCUCUCAUUCUUGUACACCAUUACUUGAUGUUGAUGAUGCUCGUAAAAAUCGACGACGACGAAGUUCAUCUGCUCAUACAAUACUUCAAAUACGUCGUGAUUCAGCUAAAAUUCGUGAAGAACUUGCUAAAUUAACAGCUCAAUUAUCUGCAUCAAUGAAUAAUGACAAUUCACCACAUGCUAAACGUCUAUCACUUUCUGUACCUGGUGCAUCCGAUUCAUUUGAUAAUAAUAAUACACCAACAAUUGAUCAAUUACUUGCAGAAACAACCGUUACUCAACCCAUUGUUAUUCCAAGUUCAUAUUUUACUGGUGAUUCAAAUAUGCUAUCGAAUAUCCAUCAACAAUAUUUUUCAAGAUCACAUAGUGCAGACACUCGAUUAGCAUCAUUUGAUUCAAACGAUGAUAAAACAACUAUGAAUAAUGGAGUACAUAUUCCAAAUCUUCUUGUUACACAUGAUAGUACACAGAAUUUACCAGCAAAUGUAAAUAAGAAUAGUAAUAAUUCAGUAAAUCUUAAUGUUAAUUAUAAUGUUGAACCUCUUAAACGUCGUCUUACAUCACCAUCAAAAUUUGAUACAACAUGUCAACGUAUUAAAGAUUGGAUUACAGUUACAACAUCAUCGACAGCUCUUGAUCAUGAUGCAGCUGUACGAUCACGUUGUGUAUCAGCUGUAAAUGUUACAGAAAAUACACCAAUGUUAUCUGGACAAAAAUUAUAUUUACAAAAUUCUCCAUUAUCAAAUCUUAAACGUUAUUUUCCUCGUAUUGAACAAUUAUAUGGACCGACAUCAAAUCCAAAUUCAAUUUCUCGUCCUCAACAUCAACAACUUUUAUUAGUAGAUGAUCAUGUUGCAUCUGUGCAUAGUUUUGCUGCUUUACAACGAAGUAGUGUUGGUUCAAUAACAUCAUCUAUGUUAGCAGCUCGUCUUAUGCGUGCAAAUCGACCAAGUACAUCAUCGUCAAUUGGUUCAUCAUCUCAAAAAGGUGUACGAAAACGUCCACCACGUCUUAAUGAUCUUAUGUCUCAAGCUAGUUUUCAAAUGGUUUCAUUAGAUACUGAAGAUUCAUCAUCAGGGUCAUCAAGUCUUACUCAUCAAUCAAAUAAUAUGAAAGCUGUUAUAGCUGGAAUUAACGCUCCAAAACCAGUAUCUCCUGCUAAAAAACAUCAUCCAACAUUUCGAAAUUUAACUAAAACUUCAGCAAGUAAUGAACGAAAAGCAAUGCGUGUUUUAUUAAUUAUAUUUUCCAUCUUUGUCAUUUUAUGGACACCAUUUUUUGUUAUUAAUCUUUUAUCAUGUUUUAUUAACGAUAUACAUCCAAUUUUUAUAUCAAUUGCAACAUGGCUUGGUUAUUGUUCAUCUGGUGCAAAUCCAAUUAUUUAUACUAUAUUUAGUCGAGCUUUUCGUCGAGCUUUUGUUAAUAUAUUAACAUGUCGAAAAGUGAUUAGUUCACAUCGUUCACAAAUGUUUAGUCCAUCAUGUCAUUCAGUAACAAUGUCAGUGGGACGAAAAAUGUCAAUUGUUAGUAGAGGACAAGCUGAUGCACGUUAA